AUGGUCUGGGGUUGUUUCUCUUACUACAAGAAAGGACCCUUGCAUAUUUGGAAGCCAGAGACAGCUAAGCAAAAGCGAGAAGCAUCUAAUGAGAUUAGGAAGUUGAAUGAAGAGCUGGAGCCAAUCAGAAAGCAAGAAUGGGAGAUGACUACCUCUCUAGCUAGAAUGAAGCUACGUACUGGUCGUACACCUGGUCGAGAGCCUAAAUGGUCAUGGAAUCGCGCAAACAGCCGUUUAGAGCGGGAGACUGGAGGAGGCAUUGAUUGGUAUCGAUAUUAUGAAGUCAGUUAUUUUUUCUUAUCAAUUUCUAUGCAAGAACUAACUGAAUCUUUAAAUUUAGGAAGACCUUGUUCCAAAAUUGAUCCCCCAAAUACUAUUAUACUUGAAGACGGCGCACCCGCUCACCGACAUCACUUCCAAAACACUGUAUAUAGUAUAUUCGGUAUUCAAAAGAUCCUAGAUUGGCCAGGCAAUUCGCCUGAUUUAAACGCAAUCGAAGCUGCCUGGCCCUGGAUGAAACGACGUACAACCUCACGAGGUGCACCUCGAGAUAAGAAGACCGCUGAAGAAGCUUGGUUCAAAGCAUGGGAAGAGCUAUCGCAGGAGAAGAUCCAACACUGGAUUGAACGAUUGAUGAGACAUAUACAAGAGAUCAUUCGCUUAGAGGGAGGCAACGAAUACAAGGAGGGUCGUACAGGAAGUGAUAAGCGGGAGUGGAAGGGGGUCCGCAUCAAGGGAUACCUCUCUAAACGUGAGGAUCUUGGUGAAGGACCCCUAUUCUAG